UUUCUUCUUUCUAUUUCACUCUCCCUAUACUUUACUGCCACUCUUACAACCAACUCACUACCACUCCAACCUUUUCACCAUUUUUGUUUCCUCUGCCCUCUCUCUAAGCUGGGAAUUCAAUUUCCAACCUAAUUCUUUCCUCAAUUCUGCAACAGCAAACAAACCAGAAACGAGGGCAAAAGCUUUCCCCCUAAUCAAGUUUCCCUUUCUUCCAUCUCCUUAAGUUGUACGUGGGAAGUGCUUACCGUUAAAAAGGGGUCUUUCUUGUGAGUAAUUCUAGAGGUGCUUUCUGUUGGAGUUUUGUUGCUGUUCUUUGAGUUGUGAAGAUGGGGCAAGUGUUUGGAUGCGUCCAAGUGGAGCAGUCAAGUGUGGCCAUCAGGGAAGUUUUCGGGAAGUACGAUGAUGUUCUUGAACCUGGUUGCCACUGUGUCCCAUGGUGUCUUGGCAGUCGUGUGGCUGGUGCCCUUUCUUUGCGUGUCAAACAGCUUGAUGUUCGUUGUGAAACCAAGACAAAGGACAAUGUAUUUGUUACUGUGGUUGCUUCAAUCCAAUAUCGAGCAUUGGCAGAAAAGGCAGUGGAUGCUUACUACAAACUCAGCAACACCAGAGCACAGAUACAAUCCUAUGUCUUUGAUGUUAUCAGAGCAAGUGUUCCAAAGAUGGAACUAGACGCAACUUUUGAACAGAAGAAUGAAAUUGCAAAAGCAGUGGAGGAACAACUUGAAAAGGCUAUGUCAGCUUAUGGUUACGAGAUAGUUCAGACUCUUAUCGUGGAUAUUGAGCCAGAUGAACAUGUGAAGAGAGCUAUGAAUGAAAUAAAUGCUGCUGCAAGAUUGAGGGUGGCUGCGAAGGAGAAAGCUGAAGCAGAGAAGAUAUUGCAGAUAAAGCGAGCAGAAGGAGAUGCAGAAUCAAAGUACCUAGCAGGGCUUGGAGUUGCGCGUCAGCGCCAAGCCAUAGUUGAUGGGCUUAGAGACAGUGUGUUAGCUUUCUCUGAGAAUGUUCCUGGGACAACAUCAAAGGAUAUCAUGGACAUGGUUCUAAUGACCCAAUAUUUUGACACAAUGAAGGACAUUGGUGCUUCCUCCAAAUCCAAUGCUGUUUUUAUUCCACAUGGACCUGGUGCUGUUCAAGAUGUUGCUUCACAGAUCAGAAAUGGUCUUCUCCAAGGAAAUGCAACACAGUGUUCUUGAUCUUGUCCAAGGAAAUGCAUCACAAUGUUGAAGAAUUAUUUUACCAUGCUACAAUGCUGUUAUCAAUUCAAAGCACUUUAGUUUUCUAUCAAAUUUUACGAUGCAGAACACAACCCAGAUCAAUUGUCCCAAUGAUGCAUCUAUUGUAUGUUUAAUAAUUUUCCUGUAUAAAUUAUUUGGGGUUUUUAAAAUGCAAAA